GAAGCAACGCCCAGCCUUUUGCCCCCGGAAAGCCUCGCAUCGCCAUGGACCGGGAGCGAAAUGGAAGGCCGCGCACGCCGAAGACCGGCAUGCGCCAAUGGAAUGCGAACGGGCACAUUUCGACACCCGUCUCGCAGGUGGAAGCCAUAUUCAAAUAUCAGUACGCAGCAGAGGCCCCACCUGUGCCCAUGGACAAGUGGGAUGAGGUGCGUACGCUGUUGGCUUCAGAACCGGACCCCUGCUGGAGGAAGCCCUCAGAGGCCAAGUUUCCGCUGCAGCCUCCACGUCAGGUGCCUCCUUCACGGCAGGCGAGGCGCGUGCGACCGCAGCCGCGACAAAGUCGGCCUGGCACGCAGCAGACGCAGCGGAAGCAUUCGCUGCCGCCGCAGCGGCCCCGGUCGCAGUCGCCGCGCACGUCUCCGCCGGCGAAUCAACGCACGCAGUCGGUCCAGGAGCCGCAGGUGGAGCCGGUAGCGCGGGAGCUGAAGGCGAGCCCUUCAAAAGAGGCGCCCAAGGCUCGGCCGGCGUCGGGGAGGCGGCGCGAGGUGCCACCAUGGGUGCAGCUCAAGGAUGACGAGCACCUCGAGGGUGGAAUCCAUGUGGACAUUGCCCCGGGCUUGGUCGAAAGACUGCGGCGACUGCGGGCACAGACAAAGGAUGUGCAUGUUUGGGUCAUCGUGGAGUGCUGUAGGGACUGCGCGCUGCACGACGCGAGUCUGCGCCACGACGAGAAGAACUACCUGGGCCGCUUCGAGAAGAUCCGGGAGACGCUGCUGCAGCGGUUCCCCAGCGGCGUGGCGGUGGAGCUCCUGGUGCCAGGAAGAAAGGGCGACACAGUGGAGGUGUCACUCGAGGAGCCGACAGGUGACGAACCAAUUGAAGAGCCAGUGGUACAGGAGCCGAUCGAGGAGAAGAAGGGCCCGGAGCCCGUCUUCCGCAUCGGCUCUUUUGAGGUCUACCUUUGCUGCGAGGCGCCUAUGCGCCCCUGGGGCGCUGGCGUCAUUUCCAGGAAGAUGGGCCUCAACAGUGUUUGUAUCUCCUCAAAGCUGCGGAGUAGAGCCUGGCCGUCCAUGGACGGGCUGAUGAAGCGCAUCGCCGCCUCGAUGCCGCAGGUGGCCGCCAUGGUGGCGGUGCGCAACGAGCUGGGCUUCCCGUUGCCCCAGGUGCGGCUCGUGGCGCUGGAGGAGUCGGCGGUGCUGGGCCAUGGUCUCACCAACCCCGGCGGGCUCUUGGAGCUCGCGUUGCCGCUCUACACCCCUCUCACGCUGAAGGCAGAGCGCGCAGGCUUCAUGGAGCCCCAGGAGAAGGUGCUGGAGAUCCAGAGCCCGCAGACGGAGCUGAGCUUCGUCACGGAGACCUGCAUCCAGCUUUGGCAGCACGAGACCGCAAGCGAGUUGGUGGUCUUCUGCUGCGACCCACGUAUUGCGGGGGUUCCCCCUGCCGGCGACAUGGUGCCCUUCCAAGGCAGCCUGGAGUACAGCAGCGGGGAGGCCUUGCGCCCCGACGGUGGGGGCUACCUGCGUUGCCGCGCAGACCCUCUGCAGGAGGUGGAGUUUGCGGCGUGCAGCGGCUGGAGGUCCUGCCCGGUGCUGGCGCGCGCGGAGCAGAUCCACGGCACCGGGCGCCUCAUCGAGAUUGCGCGCCUGGGUACCCCCAUCGUGGAGGUGUCGAUGGUCACCCGCUGCUGCGGCUGUCCCAUGCCCAACGCGCGGAUCUCGGUGGACGGGCACUUCUUCGGGUCCACCGGGGCGGCGGCGGUCAGCUGCGGCCUCCGCCUGGGCGAGCACAGCUUGCUGGCCGAGCACCAGCUUUUGUCUCCGGGCUUGACGAUGCCACUGAACAUCAGUGGCUCAACGACAUGCGGAGUUCAGGUGGCCUUUCCUUUGGACCGCUUGCACUUCGUGUGCACCGCGGCGCCGGGCACCGUGCAGUGCGGCGCCGCGGAGCUGUGGCUGGUGGCCGGUGACCUCGCGCAGUGGCGCUGCUCCCGCGGCGCCCCGCCCAUGGACGCAGAGGUCUGGCUUUGGGACGGGGUGCUGUCGGGGCAGCGCCGGCUGGAGAUCCAGGCUGGGGUACUGAGUCGCCAUAGCUGGGGCAUCCCCGGCGAGGACGAAGUACAGGAGGAGAGCAGCGAGGGCGGCUUUUGCCUCUUCAGCGAGGGCCUCUGUGCCCCCUGCAGCUCCUUCGGCCCUUGGGCCGUGGCGCUUCACGCUGCCCGUUCCAACGGCUGCGCUGUGACGCGCCUCGCCGCCAUGGCGGCGACGGAAGCGGCGCCAUCGCGGACCGAGGACUGCGCGUCUUCAGCUGCUCUGUGGCUGGGUCGUUUGGUGCCUGAAAGCGACGCGGAGGAGGAGAAGCGGCUGGUGGUGCACUCUGCUUGCUGCAGCAGCGGCGCGGCUGGGGUGGCGGUGACGCUCAACGGGGAUGAGGCUGGCAGCACCGGCGAGGACGGCCAGCUGAUAUUGCAGGCCCGGGGCUCCUGCGUGGUGGGCAUUCAAGGCAUUCCGCCCUGCCUGCUACCCGGCAGCACCUCGGAGUUCACGGCCCACCUGGACACCUGCAGCCGAGUGGAUUUGGAGCUCUCCUGCUUGGUGUGGGUCUACUGGUGGCGACCUGACGAAGACGACGAGGAAGCCGACGUGCAAGAUGCCUUCGUCUUUCUUUGCACCAACGUGGAGCAGAUCCCCGAUGAGGCCAUGCCGAUUGAGGGCAGCCUCUUCUGUGCUGAAGCGGAGGAGCCCGAGAUCCGCCUCUCCCACGGGAGGGUGAGCCCUGUGCUGCUGCGUCGAUCCCGGCUGCAGGGGGGCACCUGCUUGGUGAGCCAGCUGCGGGUGGAGGUGAUCGCGCCACCAGGCUACAAGUACGUGGCGCGGCACCCCUCGCCGCUGCAGAUGCGGCACGAGGAGCUCGGAGGCUGCGAGCUGCAGCGCUUGAUGCACUGCCCCGCAGUGGUCGGGGACCUGAAAAUGACGGAGCCCGCACUGGCGGCGCGACAGCGCAAGGAGACCAGCAGAGGUCAUGAGUCUGAGGGGGGAGGACCCAGUGCUUGGCAGUCUGACCAUGGCGUCGAGACGCGGCCUGAGUCAGCUCAUGGCGACUGCUACCAACCUGACGGAAGCAUCAUUUACGAACAGGGCAGUGUCACUUUUGAGGCUGGCAGUGUGACGUUCGACCAUGGAGAUGAAGCAUAUGACCAGCGCAGUCAGCCAGACAGUCGGGAGAAUGAUGCGAGCUACAUCUCGCAGUCUGACCAUGGCCAAGCUACAUAUGAUGACGAUGGUGUUUCUAGCGCGACUUACGAAGACGACAACGUCUCGGAGUCUGACCGGGAGGGCUCGCAGUCAGAAUAUGCCAAAGACGCCCCUGACGACGCGUCUGAUAAUGACAUGGAGGCCUCUGACCACGCCACUCGAUCUGAGCAUGCCAGGGCUCUCAGUGACAAUGGCUCUCUAGCUGACCCAGUCGAGUUCAAUCCCAGCAACGUCCCCCAGGCUGACACUGUGGCGAAUCCCAGUGAUGGCUCUGAGGCUGACCUUGUCAUGGCGACUCCAAGUGAUGGCUCUCAGCCUGACCUUGCGACUCCAAGAGAUGGCUCCCCAGAGGGCCCUGAAUUGGUGGCUCCAAGCGAGGGAACUCAGUCUGAGAUUGGGGAGGCCUACGACGAUGCGUUUGAGUCUGAGGGAGCCGGCGAGUCUGAAGCAAGCGAUGAGGAAUAGGUCACAGUCCAUCAUGGCGUUGGCUGGGGGCCAGUGCCAGCGAUGCGAGCAGCGCCUUCCCAUCUCGCUGAAAGCCGGUCUUUUUUUUUCCCCCUUCG